GUGAAAGUUUCAUACUACUUAUAUUUAACGCUAACAACUGUGUUUGUAUAUUUAGGGGUUUUGCUGAGGGUAGCUUACUUUACUUUAAUAGAGCGAAAAAGUUUAAGAUCCUUUGGGAUUCGGCUUGGUCCAGAUAAAACAAGGUUUUUAGGAUUCGCUCAACCUAUUACAGACGGGGUUAAACUUUUUAUAAAAGAGUUUGUGGUUCCAGCUAACUCAGCUAGAGUUAUUUUUUUGGUAAUUCCCUCUAUUUCUUUAAUGUUGUGUCUCUUGGGAUGGCAGAUUUUUCCAUCUUUUGCUUUAUCUAGGUGGUCUUCUAAUGACAUCUUGUUUUUUUUAGUUGUAAGAAGGUUAAAUGCCCACAUUGCUAUUAUAAGUGGGUGAUCUUCUAAUUCAAAAUAUGCUGGAAUUGGGGGAGUACGGGGGUUUGCUCAGGUUAUUUCUUACGAGAUCUGUUUGAGAAUUUCCUUAAUUGUGGUCGUAAUUUUAAGGGGAAGAAUAAGGUUUUUUUCUAUUGCUGAGUCUGGGUGGUCUAUUUGGUGGAGGUUUUUUUGUCUUCCGGUGGUGCUGUUAUGGUUGACUGUUUGUUUAGCCGAGGCAAAUCGGGCACCAUUUGAUUUAGUAGAAGCAGAGUCUGAGUUGGUUUCUGGGUUUAAUACUGAGUACUCUGCUGGGGGUUUUGCUCUUUUGUUUAUUGCGGAAUACGGAAUAAUUUUACUACUGUGCUCUGUUACUGUUUUUAGCUUUUUUCAAAAUCCUAAUAUGCUAAAUGUGGCCGGCUUAUGUUGGGCAUUUUUUAAGGUGAUAAUACUUGUAUUUUUCUUUAUCUGGUCUCGUGCAGGUCUUCCUCGGUUACGGUAUGACUUUUUAAUAAUAGCAUGUUGAGCUAGUCUUUUACCCUUUAUUUUAGGGGUUUACUGUUUAGUUUUUUUUGUUUCUAAAGUUUAA